AUGAAGUUACGACUUAUCGGGAGAAGGGAUCGAGAUGCAAGAACAUAUAAUCUACCAACUGUUUCUGAAGUUGCCGCUUUGAUUGUAGGUGAUAUUUGUGAUUCAGUUGAAAAGAGGGAUAUUGUUGUUGAAACAAAAACUGGAUUUCUACAAUGUAUCAAUGAAUUGCAUCCUUCGUACCUUCCUCUCCAAUAUCCACUACUAUUUUACAUAUGGGAUGAUGGUUACAGUGUUGAUAUUCUUCAUAGAGUUGUUUAUACCAUUGAAUAUCAAAAGAGAGGUUUGACACAUAGUCAUAUAUGUCUAUUUAUGCAUUCUGGCUACAAGCUACCCACUGUUGAGUUUAUCGAUCCGAUAAUUUCAGCCGAGAUACCAGACAAAAUUGUAGAUCCAGAAUUGUAUUCACUUGUCAAUGAGUUCAUGAUUCAUGGUCCAUGUGGAGCUAUGAAUAUGAAUUGUCCAUGCAUGGUGGAGAAAAAGUUCUCUAAAAACUUUCCAAAACAAUUUUUUCAUCAUACGUCUGUUAAUCAAAAUGGUUUCCCCUUAUAUAGGAGAAGAAACGAUGGUCAUUUCGUAGAAAAAUCGGGUGUCAAGUUGGAUAAUAGAAAUGUUGUCCCCUACAACAAAUAUCUAUUGAAAAGAUAUCAGACACAUGUUAAUGUUGAAUGGUGCAAUCAGGGAUCUUCUAUAAAGUACAUGUUUAAAUACAUAAACAAGGGUCCUGAUAGAACUACAUUUGUUGUUGUACAAACCAACAAUGAAUGUGAAAAUAAUGAUGUGGUCGAUGAAAUAGUUGAAUAUUACGAUUGUAGAUAUUUAUCUGCAUGUGAAGCAUCAUGGGGAAUUUUUAAAUAUGAUGUUCAUUACAGACCAGAAGCCGUUUGGGAAAAUACAUGGGAAUAUUUGGCGGAUGGAAUUCUAUAUAACCAACAACAAAGGUUCAAGUCUCCAGACUUAUCACUUAGUGAAGAUGAACUUAAGAACUUAACUUUGUUUCAAAUAAAACAAAUUUUACUUCGAAACAACUCCACUCUCAAAAAAUUUACAAAGAUGCCUUACCCAGAUGUUAAAUCAGUUUGUUCUUCAAACAAUCGACUUAUCACCGAGGAGCUAGAUUACAACAUUCCCAUUAUAAAGAAUGAGUUUGAUAGUAUGUUUGUUGCAUUAACAAAUGAGCAACGUGACAUUUUCCUUGACAUCAUGAGUGUUGUUAAAGAAAAUCAAGGAGGUGUGUUAUUCGUUUAUGGUUAUGGUGGAACGGGUAAAACUUUUCUGUGGAAGACAAUAUCUACAGCAGUUAGAUCGGAUGGUCAUAUUGUUUUAAAUGUUUCUUCAAGCGGGAUAGCUUCGUUGUUAUUGUCCGGUGGUAGAACAACACACUCUCGAUUUAUACAUCCAUUUGAACUUACUGAGGAUUCUGUUUCUAGAAUAAAUCCAGAUAGUGAGCUAGCUACCUUAUUAAGAAAAACAUCUUUGAUAAUUUGGGAUGAAGCGCCUAAGCGUUUAAAACAUAAGUAUGAUCCACAUGCUAAUGUCCACGUUCCGGUUGCAAUGGGUUAUUCAAAAUCAGGCAUAAAUUCUUUGACCGGAAAUCUGAAUGGGAUUCCACAACUUCGAAGUUCCACCUGA